AUGGCCAGCAACAUCCCGGCGGGCGCGCUCCGCCAGCAGGGACCGGAGUCGGCGGGGGGGAACUAUCCUCUGCACCGCAGUCGCAAAAUGAUGGAAGUAAAAAAUAAAAUGCCGGCGCCUGUGCAAAUCACUGCCGAGCAGCUGCUCCGCGAGGCGGUGGACAGACAGCUGGACGACUUGAGUCAAAUUCGGCCUCAGCAAAGAAUCGUCGACGAAGAGGAGCUUCAGCAGUACCGCGUCCGGAAGCGCAAAGAGUUCGAAGACACGCUGCGUCGACAGAGACAUCACAUCGGAACGUGGAUCAAAUACGCCGAGUGGGAAGCUGCUCAGAAAGAAUUCAGGAGAGCGCGCAGCGUAUUCGAACGCGCCCUGAACGUGGACUUCCAGAACACUACGCUCUGGCUGAAGUACAUCGAGAUGGAAUCGAAAAACAAGUUCAUCAACAGCUGCCGAAACCUGUACGACCGCGUAUGUCUCCUCCUCCCUCGACAGGAGCAGUUUUGGUUCAAAUACGCACACAUGGAGGAGCUCCUCGGCAACUACGCAGGUGCACGGAAUGUAUUUGAGCGGUGGAUGGAGUGGAAUCCGAGCGACAAAGGCUGGAUGCUGUACAUCCACUUCGAGGAGCGUUGCAAGGAAUUAGACCGCGCGCGGAAAGUUUUCGAAAGGUAUUUGAGCAACCGUCCGUCGCAAGAGUCUUUCCUGAGGUUCUGCAAAUUCGAGGAAAGGCACAGACAGAUCCCCCGAGCUCGCGCUGGCUUUGAAAAGGCGAUCGAGCUUUUGCCGGAGGACAUGUUAGACGAGCAUUUCUUUCUCAAAUUUGCUCAGUUCGAGGAGCGGCAACGCGAGACCGAGAGAGCAAAAGUCAUUUACCAGCAGGCCCUCGAGCAGCUGCCCAAGGGCGAGUCCGAUCUCCUCUACGAAAAAUACGUCACUUUUCAGAAACAGUUCGGUGACAAAGAGGGGAUAGAAGACACAGUUUUAUCGAAGCGGGUGUUUGUGUACGAAGAAGAACUGCAUGGACAUCCGUUGAACUACGACUGCUGGAUCGACUACAUCCGCCUGGAGGAGAGCCGCGGCGACAUCGACAAGAUCCGAAAUGUCUACGAACGCGCGCUCGCGAACGUCCCCCCUGUGCUGGAGAAGAGGUUUUGGAAGCGGUACGUCUACAUCUGGAUUUCCUACGCGCUCUUCGAAGAGUUGCAAGCGAAAGACGUGGAGAGGUGCCGGCAGGUCUACGUGAAGAUGCUGGAAGUGAUUCCCCACAAGAAGUUUUCGUUUGCGAAGAUCUGGUCGCUCUACGCGAGUUUCGAGGUUCGGCAGCGGGACCUCGACAAGGCUCGUCUUAUAUUCGGGCGCGCGAUCGCGGAGUGCGGCAAGCCGAAGAUCUUCGUGGCGUACGCGCAGUUGGAGCUUCGCCUUGGAUGCAUCGAUCGGUGUCGGAAGAUCUACGCGAAGUUCAUUGAGUUGCAUCCCUUCAACCCGCGAGCGUGGAUCGCCAUGAUCGACUUGGAAGUUCUGGCGGAGGAGCAGGCGCGCGCCCGAGCGCUCUGUGAACUCGCGAUUGGCAUGGAGGAAAUGGAUACACCCGAAUUGCUCUGGAAAGCGUACAUCGACAUGGAGGUCGGCUGGGGCGCCGUGGACCGAGCACGGAGUCUCUACGAAAGACUUCUGGAGAAAACUCAACAUGUCAAGGUGUUUAAGAGCUUUGCAGAUUUUGAGUGGCGAAUCGUCGAAAGUCUCCCCAAUGCCCGGAAGGUCAUCGAGCGAGGCAUCGAGGUGUGCAAGGAGAACAGCUGGGAUGAGGAACGCGCGUCUCUGCUCGAGCACUGGCUGUCCAUGGAGCGCGAGAGUGGAGAUGCACAAUCCAUCGGGCGCGUUUUCAACAUGCUCCCCAAGAAAGUCAAGAAAAUUCGCGUCGAACGAGACAAAGAAUCCGGCGCAGAAUCCACUGUCGAAACGACUGCCUACGUCUUCCCUGAUGACCCUGGAAGUGCAGCUAACCUGAAGAUUCUUCAGGCUGCCAAGCUCUGGAAGCGAAAACAGGCAGCGGCAGGCUAGGCUGAGCUCGGCCGGCUGGAUAGGACUAAGGAACAUUUUUC